UCCAUAGGGCAGACCACGUCCCGCCUCUUACCGGUAUGGCCGAUCGCCGGGCGGAGCUCACCCGGCCUAGUGUCAAGAUGUUUUCUCUAAAGAAAUGGAACGCGGUGGCGAUGUGGAGCUGGGACGUGGAGUGCGACACGUGCGCCAUCUGCAGGGUGCAGGUUAUGGAUGCCUGCCUGCGCUGCCAAGCCGAGAACAAGCAGGAGGACUGUGUAGUGGUAUGGGGAGAAUGUAAUCACUCGUUCCACAACUGCUGCAUGUCGCUGUGGGUGAAGCAGAACAACCGGUGCCCACUGUGCCAACAGGACUGGGUGGUGCAAAGAAUAGGAAAAUAACUCUUACUGCGUCCUGCCGUCCGGACUUGGCUGUUUGCUAGUCUGCCAUUCUGGUGCUCCAUGUGAGUGACUGGAUGUAUUUAAUAAGACACUAACCGAUGGUUCCAUCCAUGGAAUGUCCUUCUGUAUCUGCCGCAGAUACUGACUAGAGCCCUUGUUGAAUAAAGUUAACUUACUCUU